AAUUAAUUCUUAAAGACAUAAAUAAUAAUAAAUAAAAAACUAGUACUGCCCUAUUUCAGGAACCUUACAUUUCUCUCAAAGACAGUAAGUACAGCCAGAUGGAUGGUCCCAACUAGAAGGCUCUCACAUUCUCAUAAGCAAAACACUGGCUUGCCUGAUCCGGUUUCUGGUUCCAGGGACCUGAGGAGAGCAAGCACCAGUCCAGUAAGGACUGUGCAAUGGACAGGAGCCAGAAUAAUGGAGCACUGGGCCGGGACCCUGACCCCCCACUGCUUUCCUUUCCACCUUACAUUCUGAAAACUUCUCUAGUAUAUAUUCAUAAGUCAUGUUAAAGAAGUUUAUUUCCUUAUUAUCUAUAUCAUUCUUUUAAAAAGUCCAUCAUAGCCAACGUCCAAGACCUGGUGACUGCAGAGAGCAGGAAUCUGAAGUGCCUGAGCUUCCUCCCGGCCCGUGUCUGCACACAGGCAUCUUCAGCACACUCUGGGUUCCCAGGAGCAGACAGCUCCUUGCUUCCUGUGUGCACUGAGCACGGCCAUGACAGCACUCAGCAGCACCUCAGCCUUGCUGGCCUGCAGUGAGCAUCCCUCCUGGCUGCAGCCCCUGGUCCACCGGGGUAGGCGCUCGCGCGGGGCAUGCAGUGCCGUGCCACUCGGACACCUCUGGCUCACUGACUCUUUCUUCCCCUCACCCUGCCUGUCUUCUCUCCCAGCUGGUUCUCUGAUUCUCCACUGCCCAAUUCUGACACAGCACCAUCAGAACUAAGCAUCGGCUCUCCAGGGGGACAGACACAGGACAUCAUGGCCUCGGCGGGCCUCCAGCUCCUGGCUUUCAUCCUGGCCCUAUCUGGGGUCUCUGGAGUGCUCACGGCCACUCUGCUGCCCAACUGGAAGGUGAAGGUGGACGCGGGCACCACCAUCGUGACGGCCAUCCUGCAGCUGCAGGGGCUGUGGAUGGACUGCACGUGGUACAGCACGGGGAUGUUCAGCUGCACCCUGAAGCACUCCCUCCUGUCCCUCCCCACCCACGUGCAGGCUGCCAGGGCCACCAUGGUCCUGGCCUGCGUUCUGUCUGCCUUCGGGAUCUGCACUUCCACUGUAGGAAUGAAAUGCACGCACUUAGGAAGGGACAGAGAGACCAAGAGCCACGCGGCCUUUGCCGGGGGGGUCUGCCUUGUGUCUGCGGGGGUCUCUGGUUUGAUACCAACGGUGUGGUACACGAAGAACAUCAUAGCCAACUUCCGGGAUCUGGCGGUUCCUGAGGGCAACAAACACGAACCUGGAGGGGCUCUCUACAUUGGAUUCAUUUCAGCGAUGCUGCUCUUUAUUUCUGGCAUUAUUUUCUGCACUUCUUAUAUAAAAAAGAACCCUGAAGCGUGGCCCUCCCCGCCCAGGCAGGAGCCCUCCUCUCCCACACAGCCGGAGAACAAUCCAGCCUACAGCCUGAAGGACUAUGUGUAGAGAGCUGUGCCGCACACUCGCAGCAAGGCUUCCGGCGCCUGCUAGGACUACACUGUAGACACAAAAACAUCAGACACGUGCUCACCUUUCUCUACAAAAAGUGAGAAAUACCUAAAAACUACAAGUAGUUUAAAGUGCCAACUAACUAGCACACACAAUUACAUCUGUCUCAAGAUUCCUUUAUUUUUUUUAAUCAUUGUUUUCAUGUUUUAUUUAAGGGUUUAUAAUUAGAAUCGAUUCUGACUGCAUUAAGUAAGGCAAUUAACCGACAGUGUGGUUU